AUGACUCGGGGGUUACGUGGCCAGAGUCUGAACAAGGGGAAGCGAGUGAUGGUGUGGAACGAGCCCAGGAUUAAUGGCAGGUACCCCGACUUGGAGCUCGAGACAAGGAGAAGAAUAGCGGGAGCGCAUACGAUGAACUAUACUGGUGAGGGGAAAAGAUGGGAUCAUAAUGUUGCCAGGAAGAUGCGCAAUGAUAGUCAACGGGACUCCGAAGCUAUGUCCCAAGAGGGUAGCAUGGACCCAGAUGAGCGCGCGCCUACUACCGCUGUCGCAUUCCAACCAGUCCUUACCAUGACAGCAGAACGCCUUCGGCAAAUGCACAAAAUGGAGCUCGCAGAAGAAGAACAGCAGAGGGAGGAGAGGAAGGAGAGUAGGAAGAUCAAGUCAGUCGUCAGACGCGCUCUUCGUGGAUUUUCACGGAAGUGA